AUGAUAUUCCACCGCCUUCCCAUGACCACCGUCCGCUUCUCCUCGACAUUCAAUCUAUGUAAUUAAGAUCUUUCAAUCCAGCCAUCCAAUUACUUGAUAUUUAACUCACAAUAAUCAUCGCCAGUUUCGUCUUCUUCUCUGAAACGCCAUCACUUACCAAUAUGAAUCACAUGUACAAACAGAGUAAAAGAGAGAAACAUAGAGAGAGAGAUAGAUAGAUAGAGAGAGAGAGAGAGAGAGAAUGGAGUUUACUAAGAUAGAGAUGGGGGUGUGACUUCUUCAACUGCGGUGAAGGUGGCGCUCUUCCGCCGAAUCAGUUAACUUACAAGACAACGCGGAUCAUCUUUUUCUCAAGCGCCAAGGAACCAAAAUUGUCGCCAUGUACAUCAUGUAUCCUAGGUAUCUCACAAACCUUCUAUAUUCGCAAGGGAAUGCUGCUGAUACCGGUCCGAUGUUGGAGCUCCAAUCGAGCUUACUGUUCAGCUUUGUGUCAAUUUGAUAGGGAGAAACACUUCACUCAUUGAUUAUUGCCAAAGCAAUGACAGACAUAAAAUACAUCCAGAUCGACGUUGGCAAGACAUUUAAGGAACAAGUCCUUCGUUGGUUUACUCUUCACAACAUUCCUCAAGCUGAUUCUAUGAUUUUGACUGAUGAACAUGCUGGUGAUGUACUUGGCUUGGAUUAUAUUUGUUCUGUACAGCCAUUCAGUCCUACUGAUGAUAUAGAUUUUACUCCAAUCUUCCUUGAACUUUUAGAUAUUGAAGCUGCAAUGAUCACAUGCUUUUCUGAAAACAACCUUGCUGCGAAGUUCCCGUAUCUGGUCCAGAAGAAACUUAAAGAAGGCCAAGAUGUUAGGCGAGCGAACACAGCUGGAUUGGAAUGUAAUCAAAGAAGAUUGCAAGAAGCCAUUUGUAGCUUCAUACUUAUCAUUCACGGCACUUCCAUGAUGCAUGGAGAAUACAACGUCUAUCUUGGCUUCUUUUUUUGGAGAAAAUCCAGAGUGGCUUAUAUCUCCGAUGUAUCACGUUCUUCAUCAAGCACUAAGUAUGGUAAGUGUAACAAAGUGCUUAGUGUGUGUUACUGGUGGUCACAAUUGGAUCUCCUUAUCUUGGAUUCAAUAUAUAAGAAAGAAUCCCACAACACUUAUUUAUGUUUCCUGCAGUAGAGACAACCAAAAGACUUGAACACGAAAAGGGCUCUUUUAAUUGGAAUGACUAGCGAGUUUGAUCACCCCAAGGACAAAGAAUUUCUUGAAGAACGGUCUAAAAGGAAGGGAAAGGAUUUCAGUAAAGCUUGCGAUGGCUCAAGAAUCUCGAUUGAUUUAUGAAUAGGCAAGAAAAUAUCAUUGGGCAUUUCUUAUUUAGAAACUAAGAGUAUUACAUUUGUGGUUUCACGUCUGGUUCAAUAAAUCUCUUUACGUUGAAUAUCAUAAGUAAUAAGAUGAGGAUGCUUGUGUGGGCCUUCUUGUCUUAAAAAACAAAGGGAGCUAGAGACAGAAAUGCGAAACGGAUGUCCUGAAGAUACACUAAAAGUUAUUUUCGUUGCUUUUAAAUUUUAACUCUGUCUAAAGUUGAGAUUAUUGUGUCAUGUCAAGUUAUUUAAACCUUUGCUUUUUUAAAAAAAAAAACUUUCUUUCAAAUUAUAUAUGCUAAAACAAUAAUAAAAUAAAGAUAAAGCAGUUUAUCUUAAAACUAUUUAAUGCUUGAAAUUUUGAUUAGUUCACUAUUAAUUAAAUUAUUCUAAAUUAUAUUUGUAAUUCUUAAUUAGCAGAAAGCUUACCAAAUAUUUUACUUUUUAAAAAGUUCAAAAUUCAGAACACCUGAUCACACAAAUAAAGAUUUUGAGGCCGUAAACCUUUGUUUGAAAAUUUAAUAGUCCAGCAUACAAAAUUCCACUAUAAUCUUACUAAAUAAAACCGACUGAAAAAUGAUCAUUGUUCCAUUCAGUAAACACAAGAUGUUCCAAAUUUUUAACAGCUAAUGUUCGUAACACAUAUAUAGCAUAGCCUGACAAAUACAGCCUGUAGUUUUCAUAAGCUUUUAACAACAACAAAAUUAUAUAUUUCAGCUAAAAUGAAAAAUAACCAAACAAAAAA